AUGCCAGUUCUACAGCUGGUGAAGUUGUUCUGUGGGCUGAUGGUGACUAGUCUUUGUUUUCCAUCCUUCCUAGAAAUUAAGAAGCCACCGGUGGCCCCCAAACCAAAAUUUGUGGUAGGACACAAGGCGACGCCUCCACCUGUUGCACCGAAGCCUGACCUUGUACUUUCUGGUGUUAUCCAAGCAGCAAGGAAAACCAAGCCAGCAAUUGCACCGAAACCAAAGGUUCUCAAGAGCUCAUCCGUUCCAGAAGUUAAACCUCCUUCGUCUACAAGAAAAAGCACAAAAAGCUUUGAGGAGCACAGGGGAGAUUCUUCUCAAACGCUAGACCACUUGAACUAUAAAAAUGAAGCCUUGGAAGGGAGUACUGAUAACACAGCAUAUAUUCUACCAAUGUCAUCUUGCAAAUUUGAAUGCCUUCAUAAGCUUGGAAAUGGGGACACCACCUGUAAAACUCAGAUCAUUUUCGAGCACUUGGAAAACUUAGAGAACAUCAAAGUCGGUGAAAAAAACGCUCUAACUCUGGGGGAUAGUCACAAUGAAAAACUGGCAAAUAGAAAUCAGGUGGUUUUGAAAGCCAGCAUUUUGGAAGAGAAACUUAAGGACGUUCUAACUCAUAGUGUGUUUCCUAACAGCAGUCCUGUGAGGCGCAGGUAUGCAGACAAACUUGACAAAGGGGAUGGCAGCAGUUCCAAGAACAACCUUAAAAUAGAGUUUAUGGAACUUGUACAGUCUUCGUUGUCUUCUGAGGUAGCUAUAGGGAAGCAACAAAAUACCGACGGUAAGCUCACUGCUGAUGAGUUUCAGAUGUCUGAAAUUUGUCCUAGUUUGACUGAAAAUAACCACAGUUGCUCUUGCCCAUUGGACCAGGAAAUCCUGGAAAAUGAAAAUUUAAGUAGCAAUAGUAUGUUUUCAGGUGAAAUGGGUAUGAAAGCAGAUGCUGAUAAAACCUCCUCUGAAACAUCUUCGGUCCUGAGCUUAAAAAUGCUUCCUAUCCCUAAGCCAAGAAAGCCACGUGCUGCAUGUCUAGUCCGUCAGGAUGGCAUAGACACCACAGGAGAAGGAACAAAGGGACCAUGUAAUUCAGAGAGAGAUUCCUUUGGGCUUGCAGAACAAAGCUUUAAAAAACCAGCAAAAAUUAAUAUCCUUGGUCAAAGUGUUUGUUAUAACAAUAAUACAGAAGUGCUACAUCCUGAAAAAUGUGAGAUAACUCAAAGCAACAUAGACAGAAUGCAUCAGGUGAAGGAAUCUGCUACGGAAGAGUCAACUUCACAAAAUCUUUUGCCUCACUUGUCACACAAAACUUCUGAUUUGGUGGAAAGUGUUGAAUGUUCUUUAGAUGCAGACCAUAACUUAGUUAACUCCUUGGAUGAGAUGACAGAUGAUACCAGUAUGUUAGAUGCUGUGGACAAAAGGACUAACUUUGUCAGGUGUGAUACUUUGUCCAUGAGUUUGCCAAAGCAACUCAAAUUAACUAGCAGUCAACACUCAUCUGCUUCCAAUAGCCUCCAUGUUUCCCCACAAAAAUUGGAAGAUAAAGAAGUUAAAAUAAAGGAUGAAAGUUCUCCAAAAAUUGUUCCUAAAAAACCGCAGAGGCACAGCCUACCAGCUGCUGGCCUGCUGAAAAAAGCUGCAUCAGCAGAGCUUGUGGAGAAAAGUUCUUACACCUCCAGUGAGGACAAAUCGAACAGCGUUCUGGAAGGAUCGCACUUCACAUGUCCACCAGCCAAGGAGCAAGGUGUGCUGUCAUCCUGUGAUAUGCCCAAACGUUCUUCUGAGAAACCCGUCUGGAAGUUACCUCAUCCUAUUCUUCCAUUUUCAGGAAAUUCUGAAUCAUUAAAAACUGCUAACAUUGCUACUAGCUUCAACCACUUGACUGUUGUGACGAAGCCUAGGGCCAAAUCUCUCUCUUCUGUGGACAUGGAAAGGACAGACAAGCCUUGCAAAGACCAUCAGAAGAAAAAUAGCUUGAAAAAGUUUCUCAACAUAAAACUGUCGGUUUGCUUAAUGAAAAGCGACUUCCAAAAAUUUCUGUCUAAAGGCAGCCAGUCAAUGGAUAGUGCUAUUGCCAACCUUUCCACUGGGGACGGGUAUGGAAGCGGUAGCAACCGGAAUAUAGCAUCUGUAGGCAGUGAAAGGAAAGCUAAAUCUGCCAAGGUGCAUUCUGUAGAAAUAAGUAGUCCGGCGUUACAUAAGAAGAGGCAGAGAAACAGAAGUCAACCUGAGAUGCGAAGUAACCAAAGGCUGGAGUCUUUAGAUGGGCAUGUACUUUCAGGAGAGAAUUUGUCACAAAUGCACUUGAAUUCUGUAACCAGCACUUGUGCUCCAGAGUACGAGAACGUGCGUCACUAUGAGGAAAUACCUGAGUAUGAGAACUUGCCUUUUGCUAUGGGUGCUCGGAGGAAUCUCUGUUUUGAAUGGCAGAACUCCAGCAGCGUGGAAGACCAGAGCCCUGGCUUCUAUGAGGUUGAGGAUGCUUGUGAAGCUACAAACAGGCGUUUGAGACUUGGCAGGUCCUUAGAAGAACACCAUGGUCAUCCUAACGUGGUAAUGGGAGAUCUUCAGUCAGAUGAAGACGAUAUCAUGAACAGUUCUGAUGAAGAUGAUGACACAAAUUCUGAUUCCAGCAAAGGGGAACCUGAUCCUCAAGAAUAUAAACAGAGUAAGGCAGCUGGAAAGAAAACAAAGGUUUACCAUAUUGCCAAGGAGAUCAUGAGCUCGGAGAAAGUGUUUGUGGAUGUGCUAAAGCUCUUACACAUUGAUUUCCGGGACGCCGUGGCGCAUGCCUCUAGGCAGCUUGGAAAGCCAGUGAUUGAGGACAGAAUCCUGAAUCAGAUCCUGUACUACCUACCUCAGCUGUAUGAACUCAAUCGGGACCUCCUGAGGGAACUGGAAGAGCGAUUAUCUCACUGGCUCGAACAUCAAAGAAUUGCUGAUAUAUUUGUUAAAAAGGGUCCCUACUUAAAGAUGUAUUCAACUUACAUCAAAGAAUUUGAUAAAAAUGUUGCACUAUUAGAUGAACAGUGUAAGAAGAAUGCAGGUUUUGCUUCAGUAGUCAAAGACUUUGAGAUGAGCCCCCGCUGUGCUAGUCUGGCCCUCAAGCACUAUCUGCUCAAGCCAGUUCAGAGGAUUCCCCAAUACAGGCUCCUGUUGACAGAUUAUUUAAAGAAUCUUUUAGAAGAAUCUGCAGACUAUAGGGAUACUCAAGAUGCUCUAGCUGUUGUCAUAGAAGUUGCAAACCAUGCCAAUGACAUCAUGAAGCAGGGAGAUAACUUUCAGAAACUCAUGCAGAUUCAGUACAGUUUAAAUGGACACCAUGAGAUUGUACAGCCAGGAAGGGUCUUUCUGAAAGAGGGAACGCUGAUGAAGCUGUCCCGGAAGGUCAUGCAGCCACGAAUGUUUUUUCUGUUCAACGAUGCCCUGUUGUAUACUACUCCAGUUCAGUCAGGGAUGUAUAAACUCAACAACAUGCUGUCGUUGGCUGGAAUGAAGGUUAAAAAGCCAACCCAGGAAGCAUAUCAGAAUGAACUGAACAUUGAAAGCGUAGAGAGAUCCUUCAUUCUUUCAGCAAGUUCUGCUACAGAGAGAGAUGAGUGGUUAGAAGCUAUCUCCAAGUCAAUUGAAGACUAUACAAAAAAGAGAAUCACAUUUAAUCCUAGCAAAAGUCUUGAAGAGGCAGAUCCAGAAAAACAGGAAGAAGAUAGUCCGCUGGGAUCAAAGGCUCCGAUCUGGAUCCCUGAUACUAGAGCCACUAUGUGUAUGAUCUGUACAAGUGAAUUCACAUUAACGUGGAGAAGGCAUCACUGCAGGGCAUGCGGAAAGAUUGUCUGUCAAGCUUGUUCAUCAAAUAAACAUGGUUUAGACUAUAUGAAAAACCAACCAGCAAGAGUAUGUGAUCAUUGCUUCAGGGAGCUACAGAAACAAGAUAACCAGUGCACUCCUAAGAGUGGAUCCCCAGUCAACCAUAAAUCUCCAUCAAGUGCCUUGUCUACGGUAUUACAUAGUAUUCCCUCUGGAAGAAAGCAGAAAAAAAUUCCUGCAGCCCUCAAAGAAGUUUCAGCAAAUACAGAAGACUCUACAAUGAGUGGCUACCUACACAGAUCUAAGGGCAGUAAGAAACCAUGGAAACACCUAUGGUUUGUUAUAAAAAAUAAGGUGCUAUACACAUAUGCUGCUAGUGAGGUGGAUAGAAGCUUUUCAAGAAGGCACCAUAUUGUAGCAGUGUCAGCAUCGUGUCUGCAAGUUUAAAGGCAAAUGUCCAAGGAUGGUGGUAAAACAGAGUACAGCAGCUGUUGAAAGCAAUGGAAUCCUGCCGUCUCAACCUACACAAAAUUGUAUAUUUGUCAGGAUUAGGAGUUGUUGCAUUUUUAGCAUAAGGUAAUACUUUUUUAAAGAAUUGUGUGUAUUUCUGUGUUGAUACAAAAUGUGUUAUUUAUUAAAUUCCAAUGUUUACUUUAAUGGUCAGAAUUAUUUGUGAGGUCUGCAAUGAGGUCCGAAGUGCCCAAGUCGUUAGAAUGGCAGGUGGUUGGUCAACAUAUUCAUAAAGUUUGUGCUUUUUUAAAAGAACAUAACACAAAACAAAUCUGUUGCAAUUGUACAGUUCCUCACAAUUUGUGUAUAGGUCUUGAGCUGCUGAUGCUCACUUUGCAAUUUAGCAAGAACAGAUCAGAAUAGGAAUUUCAAAGGUUUUGGAUCUUUGUUGGCUAUGUAAACUCCUUCGAGAAGUUGUAUAAUAUUGCUGCUCCUUUCCUUGAAUGGCAGUUGAAAUCUUGCAUACCAGUACAUUAAAACAGUACAAUGAAUUCUGUAUCACAGAAGCAAUUGUAAAGUACAGUUCAAUUAUUAAAAAAGACAAAAGGGAAAAAUAUUUUAAAACAGACUUUGCAAUUACAGAGAUAAGGCACUAGAGCUUUUACAGUACUACAGAUGCCAAAGAGACUAAAUGAGUCACCUUCAAACAAUUGCAGGAUGUAUUUUCUUUUAUGUUUCCAGGAGUAAUUUAAAGCAGACUAAAAAAUACAUUUUUUUAUAUACCGGGAAAAGACAAAAUAUCUUAUUUCUUUCAAAACUUUGUGUCAAAUGAGUUCUGUAUGCAGUACGAAACACUGUAUAAACUAUUGUUCAAAGAACGUUAAACAAAUAUAUGCACCCCCCUCUCCCAAAAUUUUAAACUAUUGUAUAUUUAAAUACUAUGUUUAAACUGGAAUUGCCAUACCAAGAAAACCCGGCUUUUUUAGUGCAGAUGGCAUUGAAAUGUAUACCAUUCUUUGAAAUACCUUUUGUUUACACUAUGAUUUGUUCUGUUCGACACUUUAAAACACAAUUCAGUUUUAGGUGUUUUUUUAGGUUUUUGGGUUUUUUUUUUUUUUAAGAAAAUUGUCAGUAUACCUCAUUAGGAAAUACUUACUGAUGAUUCUGGUGCAUUUAUUCUAUUUAACUUUUGAAAAUUUUUUAACACUGUAAUAGCAUAAAUGGAACUAGAACUAUGAAAAACAUAUGAAAAGAAGCCAUUUUUAUGUCAAAUGCGAUGCAUAUGUAGCCAGUUAAUUUUACUGUAUGAAACACUUCUCAGUAGUCCUCUGAAUCAAGGUAGUUGUGGUAACAGAAUUAAGAGCAAUUCACUUUUAAUUAAUAGUUUGAAUCCAUGUUAAUAGCUAUUCUGUGGCCUCACAUAGGAAAGAGAAUAGUUGAUAGAAUAGUCAGUAGUCAUCACGGAAAGGCCAAGAAUGAAAAUGCAAACCAAAAUUCUCUUAUUCCCUCAAAUACCUCAAGAUCAGGUCUAAGAUACUAACAUAGCUCUGAAGAAGCUUGAUUUUCCGGAGCUGCGGUUAAGUUAGUAGGGGGCUUGGAAGCCUAGUGCUUAGUAUUAAGUAUAUAAGUAAUUUCAUUGACUUCAAGCAUUUCAGUAGAGUACCUUUCUGCAUCAGGGACUUAAGGCUGUAGAUCUGGCUUCCCUCAUGAACACUCGAGAUUUAACCACAUAGUGUUUGAAAGUGUCUGAUGAAAGCCUUUAUUCUCUUCUAUUUUCAUACAAACGUGAUAAAUGAAUAGUUUUCUCUUGUUAUAUAUAAAGGGCUUUUACUUAAUUUUCAAAAACAGCUGCUGACUGAAACCAUGUAAGCUAUUAGCAUGUCUCUUCAGGGUGAUUUCUGACAUGGCUUUUACUGUAUCCAAAACAAAACUGAUACCAAUAUAACAUAGAUGUGAUGUGGCUCUUCCAGUUGAUAUUAUCAAAGGGAAGAGCUUCUUAAUAUUUUUAUAGGGACUGCACACCAACUAAGACAGAAAGCCAUGAACCGGCAAAUGAAUCGGAAAUUUGGCUAGGAGCAAGCUGAUUUAAUUUCAAUUUAUGGUUUGAUAUUGAUCUCCCUGCUGCAAAACAGAGCAAUAAAAGUCAAAACACAUACUGAAUAAGGUGCCCAAGUUCUGCCUCAUGUGUGGUGUCAAACUACCUCUCAAGGAUUUGGUGCAGAGUGAGAAAAUAGUUCAGUGUUCUGUAAAAAUCAGAGGACUUCUUCCAGAAGCAGUUGAUCAAUUAAAAAAAUCUUUCUGUGACAGAAAUAGAUUAGAACGGAGCCUUAACAACAAUAGUACACAUAUUGCAGUCUAAUUCUGUGUGAAAUAAAUUGUCUUUGUAAACAUGUUUGAAUAUUUCUUUUCCUCUUUCUCCAGCACUAGUGCUUUGUGUCAUACGAAGAACCCACAACAUAGGCAUUUUCGUAACAUUUUCAGGUGGUUGCUUUUCAAACUUAACCUAUUUCUCCAGCUCGCCUUCCAUUUUGAUUCAUUACCAUCAAAAGUAAAGUAUUUACUUCUUGAUUUGACUAAACACUAAAACAAGACCAGAAGUUUUUCAACACCUGGCUACCUCCUUUUAUAAGAAUCUAUAGUUAAUAAUUAAUUUAAAAUUGGUUAGUAGAGUAUGAGACAAACAUUAGCAUUGAAUAUUAGUUCUAGCAUCUUUAUUCUUGAAUAAAUGAAAGGUUCUAGGAUCCUGAAUUCUCUUUAACUUAAAACUAUUUUUUGUGCCCAAAGGACUUAAAAGAAAUGGAUAGCUGAGCAGCUGUGGAACACGUUUUACUAAAUAUUUUUUGUGUGUGGAAAUGUGAUUACUCAAUUAUGUAUAUUACAUCGUAACAUAGAGAUGUUUGGAAAGACACAUUCAAUGCAUUUGUUUGCCAUAACUGCUGUCCCCUGUAUUUACCAUCCAGAUAGGCUUUUGUUUGGAGCAGUCCUAAAUUGUACUGUCUAAAUGAAAGAAUAGAAUCUUUAUUUUGUAAAUGAAAACAGUUUAAAGUUGUUGUAAAUAUUUCUGUGGAUAUGUAUCAUUUUUGUAUAAAUAAAUUC